UAAUGCGACUGAUAUUUUUUUGCAAUGUGAUUGUGGAAGGCAUUGGACAUAUUACAAAUUUCGUAUAUUUUCAAGAAAUAUUUUCAGAAUUCUUAUUUACUGUCUCAUCAUUUUACUAAUAUAUGCCUAUUUUAUUCUAAGAACGCACAUAGAUACAGUCAGAUCAAGUUUAUAUGGGAACUGUUGCUUUUAUACUUACCAAGAUGUCGGUGAUACUCUUCUACAAUUUUGACAAGAAAAAGAUGUAUGUAUCGUCAUAAAAGCUAAUGUGGAAUUUAUAUGAGCUUAUAAUCGUUUGAAUGUGUAAAUAAUUAUAGCUAGAAUAACGUCAAUAUGAAUCAACUUACCGAAGAAAAUGUUCAGAAUAUGAAGUGCAGUCAAAAAGGCACUAAUAUAAAAAACAAAAGUAAAAAGGCCAAAGAUCCUUCUGAAAAUCCGGACGAAAUAAGUAUAUCUAAUCAAGAGAAUUUAAGCGAUACAUUAGCCAAUACUCUUCAUAUUAAUAACAUCAAUAGUAACCUAACUAAUGGGACGAGCGAUCAUCCAAACGGCAGUCCCGAAGGUCCCAAGGAUAAAUCGGAAACCCGAGAAGACGCCACGAGCGGGGACGUGCAGGAUGUAAAUAGUGUACAGUGUAGUGAUGGGAUGUGUAAACGAGAGUGCAAGGACACGCCUGCCCAGCACACAGGCAGGUGUAUUUACGAUGAUGCUUUAGAGAGCCUUGGCAAUGCUAUCAGUCACGAGGAGCAAGAACCUCAAGAUGAAAUUGAAAUAAUUUCCUAUGAAUCUGAGCUACAAAUGCCAGAGAUCAUGAGACUUAUACAAAAAGAUUUGUCAGAACCCUACUCAAUCUAUACAUAUAGAUAUUUUAUUCAUAACUGGCCUAAGCUUUGCUUCUUGGCAACUCAUGAAGGGAAGUGCAUUGGUGCCAUCGUUUGUAAGUUAGAUAUGCAUCGCAAUGUUGUGAAAAGAGGCUACAUUGCUAUGUUAGCAGUCGACGAAAAAUAUAGAAAGAGAAAGAUUGGCUCUAGACUGGUUCGAAAAGCAAUACAGGCAAUGAUAAACGACAAUGCAGAUGAAGUAGUUUUAGAAACUGAAAUCACAAAUAAACCAGCACUGAAGCUCUAUGAGAAUCUCGGCUUUGUGCGAGACAAACGCUUAUUUCGAUAUUAUCUGAAUGGUGUAGAUGCAUUGCGAUUGAAAUUAUGGCUUAGGUGAAAUAAGUAGGUAUCUAAAGAGAAAUUCUCAAUGUUGUGUUACAUACUUCUGGAGGCUGUACAGUCUCAAGCAUAUAUAAAGCAGAUUACUGUUGUUGAAAUGGUGUAACCUUCUAUUGCCAUCCAUGAGGAUUUAGCCAAAUGUAUAGUUUGUUUCAAUUAUUUUUUAGUCAUGUGAUAAUGUUUAUCUAAUUUAUGUGUUGAAAUUGUUAAUGAAUUUUUCACCAAUUAUUUUAUAUUUUGAUUGUAAGAUUUUAAAGUGGUUAAUAUCCAAUCUAAAUACACAACUUUGAAGAAUUAUACUGUA